AUGGAGGUUGCUCCAUUAACCCUAGCCCACACCCAUGCGCGGAGUGCGGUCUCAGAGACCCGUAAAUCGAACCCCGUCGCGGCGAGUGAAGAACACGAUCUGGCCGCGGGCGAGUUUGCCACUGCAGCGCAAGGCACUUCUGAUCCGGAGCAUGAGCAUCCUUCUGGACAUCCUGUGGGUUCAUCCUCGAAUGUCACAUCGAGCGCCUCAAGUCAUCCUUCUGUACCAGAAACUCGAAGUGCAAAGACCACAGGCCAAGAUGCCUUCACUCAUCGUCCCAGGUUACCUGGAAAUCCUCGCUUGCCUAGUCGAGAGUCAUCGUCGAUUGCCAGCAAUUUAGCAUCAGCACGAGGUAUACCGGCCCAAACUCAGCGGGGAUCGCCAGUCUCUCCAAGUUUGUCCACCCAGCAAGCUGGCGCAAAGAUGGCCGAUGGUCCGUCAAGAGACCGACCAGGCGACAUAAGACCAAGAGAUGCCCGUACGCAUCGGCAAUCAUGGACGCCUCCUUCAUCCAAUUCGGCUGACAUCGCAUCCCGAGAAGUUGUACCUUCGAGCAAGGCCGAGGCAACUGGAUCCACGAAUGACCAAGACACAACGGAAGAUUCUUUCCGGCGGUUUUACUCGACCUUCGAAGGGUUGAUUUCGAGAAUCUCAGCCCCUCUUGCAUUUGCCGGGCUUCCUUUGGGGACAGAAGAAACUCACAAUUCAGUCACGCCAAGCCGGAAAGCUCCUGCAGACACUAAACUCGACCGUCAUUCAGCCACUUCGGAUCGUACCAAUGGCUUGAAAGAGCCUGAUGUGAAUCAACUAUUCUCUCGAGCAGCUCUACGUUCCAUUCAUGACAUGUCGGGCAGUGGGGGUCUCGGCAAGCCUGCGGAAUCCUUUUACGUGGUGCCUACCACGGGAGGAACCAUGUCGUAUGCUGGGAUUUUAUCACGAGCCGAGAAAGACGCCGGAGGCAACAGCUUCGAGGAGACGGAAGACGACUUUGUCGACGCUAGAGAAACCCCAUCGUCCCCGGAGAUGCGACAGAGUACUGGAGCUGCCUCGCGGAUGCCACGCCGUGGAGGGUCCGAUAAACUCGCGCGCUUGCAGAACUCGAAAACCGUUGAGGAGCUGCAGAUGGAAAAUGCGGCUCUCAAGCAACUAUCCGAUACCCUCUCUAAACGUCUGCAUAUGUGGGAAGUCAAUGCACAGUCCUCAUCGAUGGCGCUGCAACAGUCUCUGAGGGCAAUGCAUCACCACAAUGCUGGGCCUUCAGACUACAACCCGCAGCUUCCACAUGCUUCCAGUUCGCCCGCGGCGACUCUGGUCUCCGCCCCAAGCAGGACAGAUAAAGACUCCCGGGUAAAAGAACUGGAAGAGAUUGUACGGCGCGGUGAACAGGAGCUGGACAGAGUUGAGCGAGAAAAUGAGAAAUUGAACAAAGUACUCGGGCGAUAUCGAGACCGUUGGGAAAAACUCAAGGAAGGUGCAAAGUCAAGACGUGCAGAAGGCCGGCCGGUGGAGGGACCAAGCAACCCGGGCACGCCCACUCUCGGUCAUCGAAAUCCUGAUCUUUCAAUCUCUUCGCGACCGGAUGGUUCGCUGCCAGACAAGACUGCUCCCAACCGGCGAACUUCUGGUGCACAUCUUGAACGCACAGGGCCAUCGGAGACUUGA